AUGGAUCAAAUACAUCAGUUCUUCAACACCACCGACUACCGUAAUAGCCCGGCUAUUCCCCGUGGGCGUUUCUCAAACCUAUUCCUCAAGACAUCCAUCCGCAGGGCAGAAAUCUCGAGGGUUGAUGUCUCGAAUGGGGAUCCUGAAGCUGCGACUUUGCCCCGAAAGGUUACGAUCACUGCAGACGAGUAUUCCCCUGACCUCACGGCAUUCUUCCGACGCCCUUCUCUCAGCAAGUACUGUGACCGUUUUGCCAAUCGCUACCCAGAUGUCCUUUGUGACGCCGCGCAGACGAAGUUCAUCUUGAUCCACUACGAGAUGAGCAAGACGGCGGUUGGAAUUGCUGCGGGGCUGGUGGUUGUCUUCUGGUUGCUUAUCAGUGCCCUCAUUGGUGUUGUACGAAAGAGACUGGAGACCGGAGUGACGGUCGCUGGUGUUGGAAUUGGAGUCAUGGCCUUGUUUGUGGCUGUCAUCAAGGGAGUCCAGAAGUAG